AGGGAAGCGUGGGGCUCAGCUCCUUGUGCUUCAACAGAGCCUGAACUCAAUUAAUGCAGUUUUUUGAAGCAUGGCCUGAAUGAUUCAGUCAUUAUCAAGUCAAAUUACAAUGUAAAAAAGGCUGCUACCAUUGCCAAAUAGUUGGUGUCAUGCAAGAGUCUAUUCACACUGACUAAAACUGAAAUAUACCGGAAGAGUGAUGAUCAGAGAACUUUAAGUCUGAAAUUUAGCAUCACCGCCCUGAACAAUAGAGCCUUGGUUGGCAUAAACUACUCAGAGACAAAGCCAGUAUCCACAAUAAUCAACCUUCUGCUUUUAUUUCACUCGGACAAUUGUGAUUAGGAAAGCUCCUGUGGCAAAAUUCAAGGAAAUCUGAUAUAAAUGAGUAACAACUCAACAUGUAUUCAACCAUCCAUGAUCUCUUCCAUGGCUUUACCCAUCAUUUAUAUGUUCCUUUGUAUCAUUGGUCUCUUUGGAAAUUCUCUCUCUCAAUGGAUCUUUUUAACAAAAAUAGCUAAGAGAACACCAACGCACAUCUACCUAGCACAUCUUGUGACUGCAAACUUACUUGUGUGCACUGCCAUGCCUUUCAUGGGUAUCUAUUUCUUGAAAGGUUUUCAAUGGGAAUAUAAAUCUGCACAAUGCAGGGUGGUCAAUUUUUUGGGAACUCUAUCCAUGCAUGUAAGUAUGUUUGUCAGCCUCCUAAUUUUAAGUUGGAUUGCCAUAAGCCGCUAUGCUACCUUAAUGAAAAAGGAUUCCAUACAAGAGACCACUUCGUGCUAUGAGAAAAUAUUUUACGGCCAUUUACUGAAAAAAUUUCGCCAGCCUGAGUUUGCUAGAAAACUGUGUGUUUACAUAUGGGUGGCUGUACUGGGCAUAAUUAUUCCGGUUAUCAUAUACUAUUCAGCUGUGGAGGCUACGGAAGGAGAUGAGAGCCUGUGCUACAACCGGCAGACGGAACUGGGAGCCAUGAUCUCUCAGAUCGCAGGCCUCAUUGGAACCACAUUUACUGGGUUUUCAUUUUUAGUUGUAGUAACAUCGUACUACUCUUUUGUCAGCCAUCUGAGAAAAAUAAGGACCUGUACAUCCAUUACAGAGAAGAGUUUGACUUACAGCUCUGUGAAAAGGCAUCUUUUGGUCAUCCAGAUUCUCCUAAUAGUUUGCUUCCUUCCAUAUAGCAUUUUUAAACCUAUUUUUUUUGUUCUACACCAAAGAGAGAACUGUCAGCAACUGAAUCAUUUAAUCGAAAUAAAAAACAUCCUCACCUGUCUUGCAUCGGCCAGAAGUAGCACAGACCCCAUUAUCUUUAUCUUUUUAGAUAAAACGUUCAAGAAGACACUAUACAAUCUCUUUACAAAAUCUGAUUCACCACAUAUACAACCUUCUGGUUGAUUUCUGAGUGAAAAACACCACCAAACAGAAAAGUAUUCAUAUGACUCUAUCAGGGACCCUAAACUACAGGAUUAACAGGUGAUAGCUUGGUUGAUAAUAGGUACCAAGUAAACCUCUUUGGUUUUUAAAAACAAACAAAAAACUCACUGUGGUUCUACUUAUACUGAAAGUUGAAAUGGCAGAGACUCUGAGAGGCAAAAGUCAAGCAUAUUGAAAGGAUCCCACUGCAUAUGAAACCAAUAGAUCAUUUUCUGUUUAAACUCAACCAUGGAUGCUUCUAUUCAGAACACAGUAUUUCACAACUAUAGGAUAAAGAGGCAAGUGGUUUAUGAAUUCUCUGCUUUCUAGUAGUUAGAAAACAAGGGGUAAUGUUUUGUUGGUAACUUUAAAAAUGAGUAAAAGAAAAAAGUAAGAAAUUUCCUCACUUAAUUCCUAUCUAAAUGUAUGAACAAUGCACCGUAAAAAUCCAAGGUUUUAUAAAUACCUUAUUUAUUUGUUAUUAUGUGGUUCACCAUCCUGGGAGAAGCAAUAUUCAUUGAUUCCAGUAUUUAUUAAGUAGAUGUUAUUUAUAAAUAUGCUUAAAUAUUUGGAUUAGGCUUUGUCAAAAUAAAAAAGAGUAAUACAAUGUUAUUAUGCCAAUCUUCAUCACAUUUGGGGUAUUUUCCUCUGUAUUCAAUAUAAAUAAUGUUAUUAUUGACAAACAGUACCUGGCAUGUAAGUAUGUCCAAUUAAUUUUUGGAAAACAAAUGAAUAAGGCAGUUUAAUAGCACUGCUGCAAGACUGAUCUCUGGAGUUAGAUUCCCUGGGUUCAAUCCUAGUUCCACAUCUUAGCUGGACAAUCUUAGGCAAAUUACCCUCCUUAAGUGUUAAUUUCUUCAUUUGUAGAAUGGAAAAAUACUAUGUAAUUCACAGGUACUAUUAUUAAAGCAGAUGAUGUUACUAUUAUUAAAGCAGAUGAUGUUACUACUAUGAGCAGUUAUCAUUUACUAAGCAAUUACUAUGUGCCAGGCACUCGGCUUAUAUGCUUUACAUGUAUUAUUUUAAUCAUCACAACCGUAAAGUAUGCCAAUCUACUGAUGAAAAAACUGAAGUGUAUAGUUAAAUACGUCACCCAAAUUUUCUUCAUUAUCUAAGUAAAUGUUUAAGGAUUAAGCAUCUCUUAAUGGUCAUUUCUUUAUUCCAUGUAAACUUGUCAGUGAGACAAAUGAUGGUGGCUAUAUUCUGUAUUAUAUAUAUUAUAAUUAAAAAUAAAAAAAAGACUGUGUGUUUUAUCUUUCCAAAGAGGUCAUAAGCACCUUUGGAGCUAUAGUCUAUUUUCUAUUUCUACUCCUAUGGUACUUGCAUUCUCUCUGCUCAGAUAAGAACUAAAUAUAAACAGUUGAAUAAACAUUAACUGUAACCUGCUACUUUGUUAGAGGUUGCUUAAAGACUCAUUAUUCCCUACAUGGAAAUUACUUCAGUGCUCAAAAAGAAGUUUAAAGAAAGUUCACAUACUACUUCCAAGCCUUUCAUCUCAUAGCAUGUUUUGUUCCAGAAUUAAAAAUGUAGAAACAAUUCACUGUACAGAAUCCCCAAGAGCCAUGUGUUCAAAAUCACGAGAGAUUUUUCCAACAUAUCUGUGUAAUUUUCAUUAAAAAAGAAUAGAAAACAAACAAUAAAUAUUUUUCUCCUUUUUUUACUUCAAUGCUUAACUGA